CCAAGCGGGAUGUGUGCCUGAGAGGCCGUGAUCGGGGCAUAGUUACUCCACUUAGUCACUGGCUCCCGGAAUACUGGCGGGGCUUUGCAAAGUUGACAGAGGACUGGUAGCUGAGGCAAACUGAUGUUUACUGCACGGUUUCCCUGGUCGCGCUGUUUGAUGAGAUGUUAGACACGAUCGGAUACGUGAAUGACAAGCAGGACAUUCAUUGACAUGCACAUUGAAGAAUAAGUGAAAGCGAAGGAAAUAAGUUGGUUUGUUUAUGUUUUGCCAGCUGGGGCUCGCUAAGCUAAACGCGCUGCGUGGUGGUUCGCUAACACAUCGUUUACCCAUCAGGGCCGCAUCACGAUGAGCUCCACACGGGAGAUUAAACAGCUGCAGAAAGCAAAGAGCAAAGCGCAGAGCAGCAACAAUUUAGGAGAGGAAGCGAAUAUCUGCAAUCAGCUCGGAGAGCUGCUGUCCAGAAGUGGUGAUUAUGAGGCUGCCAUUAGGGAGCACCAGCAGGAGUUGUCUUUCUCUGAGGUGCUAAACGAUGUGAUUGGACGAGCUGUGGCCAAUCGUAAGAUAGGAGAAUGCUACGCAGAGAUGGGAAACAUCGAAGCCGCUUUGAAACACCAGCGAUGCCACCUGGACUUGGCUCGCUCUGUCAGAGAUCAUGCUGAGGAGCAAAGGGCACUCGCCACGAUUGGUCGAACCUACCUCUUCUGUUAUGAAUCGGACCAAUCGAGGAACAGUUUGGAGCACGCAGAGGAUGCCUUCAGGAAGAGCCUGGCCAUUGUAGAUGACCGCCUUGAAGGGUCUGUGCCGGAGCGAGAGAUUAGAGAGAUGAAGGCCCGCCUCUUCCUCAAUCUUGGUCUGGUCUGUGAUCAUCUCGGGGAGCACAAACGUUGCAGCGAGUUCAUCAGACGAAGUGUCUUUAUUGCAGAGAAGAGUAAUCUGCUGGAGGAUCUCUACCGUGCAAAUUUUAACCUGGGCAACAUUUACUUCCGUCACGGUCAGCAGUCUAACGCUGUGCGCUGCCUGGAACAGGCCAAAGAGUGUGCAAGGAAGAUCAAGGACAAGUUCAGUGAGAGCGAGUGCUUCCACUGCAUCGGCAAGGUGCAGUUGUCUCUGGCUGAUUUUGUAGCAGCCAGGCGCUCUCUGAAGAAAGCCGUCUCUCUGGGUUCCCAGCAGCCACAGGACAGGCAAGCAGUGAAGAAAGCUUUUAAAUAUGCGGAUAAGGGUUGUAAAUUGGAGGAAGACUUGGGGGAGGAUCAGGGCAAAAGAGUUACCUCCCAUCAGGCCGUGGGGCUGGCAGAGCAGCUGGGGGACCUUUACUGUAAGGUCGGCUGUUACAGAAAAGCUCUGGAUGCAUAUCAAGCUCAGUUAAAGGGCGCUGAAGCGUUGGGGAAGCCUGCAAGGGAGCUGGCUGUCAUCCAUGUGUCCCUGGCUGCGACCCACACAGACCUGAGGCAGCACAGCGAGGCAGUGGAGCACUACAGGCAGGAGCUGGCUUUACGACAGGGCAGCCCGGCCGAGGAGUGUAGUACUUGGCUGAACAUCGCGACAGCUCAGGAGGAGAGCGGCUGUGCCUUUGAGGAAAUGGAGGGCAGCUACACUGCAGCCUCACACUGCGCUCAGAAGUCUGGCCAGACCAGACUGCAGAGACGCGGGCUGAGGCUCUGGCUGGCGGCGCAGAGACGACACGGCUCAUCGCAGAUUGAUGACACUGAGGCGAGGCUGCAGGAGCUGUGUGCUGCUGAGGGCUGGGCUCCAGAUGCGAGCGAUGGGGAGGACGAGGAAGAGGAGGAGAUGGACAACAGUGAACCUCUGGACGACAGCGAUGUCGUUCUCUCAGACUCCGAUGAUGAUUUGGAAGGUUAUGACAAGAUGGUAUCAGGAAGGAGGAAGACGGGAAGGUGGAACAAGAGGAACGAGAAGGGCGAGACGACUCUGCACAGAGCUUGUAUCGACGGAAACCUGAAGCAGGUCCAGUAUCUGGUGGAACAGGGUCACCCAGUGAACCCAAGAGAUUAUUGUGGCUGGACUCCUCUUCAUGAGGCCUGCAACCACGGUCACUAUGACAUUGUACCUGUGCUUCUGGAGCACGGCGCGAACAUUAAUGAUCCAGGUGGGCCCUCGUGUGAAGGAGUGACGCCUCUACACGAUGCCCUCUCGUGUGGCAAUUUCAAUGUUGCAAGACUCUUGGUGGAGCGAGGGGCGUCUGUGACCCAACGCAACUCUAAGGGUGACACCGCCAUGGACACCCUGCGGCAGUGGCAGAGGACGUACAGCAGAGAGUUGGACAGUGACGCCAAGCAGCAGUGCGUCGCUACCGAGAGACUGCUCAGGAAGGCACUUGCAGGGGGAGUGCCCGGUGCUGCGGCCCCGGCCAAGGCGUUCGAUGCGCUGCAGGACAGCCAGCUGUUUGAUGCUGAGAUGUCCGAGCCGCUGCUGUCCUCUGACGGGGGCCGCUCCUCCAGCCAAGACCGGCCCCGGGCCAACAGGAGCUCAGAGGUGGAGGCAGGACCCGCCAGCCCCAAACGGUGGACGGGCAGCGGCUCAGCGCAGCGGCACAAAGCCAGAGGAACAGAGGCUGCUGUCCUGUACGGGAAUAACAGCAGCUCCUCAGAGGGCAGCGACUCCGAGUGCCAGGUGAGUCCUCUCCGUGCCGUCCGCCCUCGACACAGUUUCCCAGCGGCCCCGAGUCAAAACAGGGAGACCAACCCGAUCCCCAACUCCGGUCGAGAAAGUCUCAGGGAGGCGCCCGCGCCAUCUGUCUUUGCACGAGAGGAGUACCACAGUGCCAUUCGAGGCUUAGGCAGCGCCAAAAGUCUUCUCCAGGGUCCGGCACAGCCUCAGUUUUCCAGCAUACCAGCUGUUUCAUCCAGCAACAAAUCCGCUCUGGUUCCCGAGGAGGAGUAUGUGGCUGAUGACUGGCUGGAGGAUGAUUUGGGGGAAAUGCAGCCAAAGAAGAAGAGGAGGCUUGUAGUGGAUCAGAGUGGGAUGAGAGGGGAGGACGGUGCCUCAACAUCAAGAGGCCAAAACAGCCUCUUAAACUCUGACUCGGCCUACAGAAUUCCUUCGUCCUCCAGCAGGAGUCUCCCUCUGAAAAAGAACAGCAUCCUGAAGCCUCGACAGGUCAAAAUGACUCAGAUGCCAGGGAUGGUCCGGUUGGGCAGACGAGAGGUCAACAGGUCACACAGCCCUACAGUUACAGACGAGGAGGACAUGAGACCUGAAACGCCACCAUACCCACAAAUAUUCAUGCAGCCUGCAGCUCAUUGUGUUGUUGCUGCUCCUCUGGCGGGAUCACUGCCCCCACCCAUCAGAAUGAGGGUCAGAGUUCAGGAAGAUGUUUUCCUCAUCCCAGUUCCGCAAAGUGAGGCGGCCUCCUGCACCGUGUCCUGGCUGUGUGAGCAGGCCGCGCAGCGUUAUUACCAGAAAUGUGGCCUUCUGCCUCACCUCUCCCUGCAGAAGGAAGGGGCUCUGCUCUCCCCGCAGGACCUUCUGAUGGCUGUCCUCCACACCAAUGAGGAGGUUCUGGCCGAGGUUUGCUCCUGGGAUCUUCCUCCUCUCCCUGAGCGCUAUAAGAAAGCCUGUCAAAGCCUGGCAGUGGAUGAGAACAAGCGUGUCACCCGGCUGUGUGAGGUGCAGGAUGGGAGCUCCUCUGUGUCGGUGUGCGGCCUCAGCCUGGCGGCCUCUUCCCUCAACCCGCUCCUUCGUGCCCUAAAACUGCAGGCCAGCCUCACCGAGCUGCAUAUUUCCGGCAACCGUCUCCAUGACAACCUUCUUCCCGAGCUGGUUGCCACGACAAUCACCAUGCCUCGGCUUCGGCUGUUGGACAUUUCUGCCAAUGGCAUUACAGGAGACGGGCUGGAGAAGGCGGUGAAUGCUUUAAAGGGACAGAGUCAUCCUGCGUUUCCGUGCCUGGAGGAGCUUGACCUCAGCAUGAACCCGCUGGGGGACAGUGUGUCCGAGACCCUGUCCUGUCUGCUGUCCUGCUGCCCUCUGUUAGCCAAGCUGUCUCUGCAGGCCUGUGGCCUCACCGCUCGCUUCCUCCAGCAGCAUCGGCUGCUGCUGGCCAACGCUCUGACAGGAACCGGCCACCUGAAAUCAGUGUGUCUAUCCCACAAUGCACUGGGCUCCACUGGCUUUGAGCUCGUGUUAAAGACGCUGCCUCUUCGCUGUCUCACACACCUGGACCUGUCUGCAGUCUGCAGGGGUCCGGCAGAUUACCCGGCGCUGGAACACCUCACCAAAAUCUUGUCGCAGGAUGAGUGUUCACUGACCCACCUGAGUCUGGCAGCAAACGGGUUGACAGACAGCAGCGUAGCCACCUUGGCCAGGUGCCUGCCCUCCUGCCCGACUCUGGUGAGUCUGAACCUCUCAGGAAAUCCAUCUGUUACCUCAGCAGCACUUCACAACAUCCUGGCCUCACUCCGAGAGGCUUGUCGACCUCUGACCCUUCUAAACCUGCAAGGUUGUGAGGUGUCUGGCCCCUGGGACAGUGGCGGUCUGGAUGGUUUGUCAGAGCUGGUCAAGGAUCUCCGUCUUUGCUCUCAGGGGCUCAACAAGCUGGACCGGCAGGCCUUGAAGCAGAGCUGGGACACAAGUCGGUCCCGCGGACACUUCAUUGACCGAAACAGUAAGUGUCUGCUCACUGCUGCCACCUCCUCGUGAUGGAGGGGAAACGGAGACGACGGCUGAUCGUAAACCACUGACGCUGAACUUUGAGCCGUCUGAAGACAUUAACACACAACUUGUAUAAGAGGGCUUUUCCUUCAAGGGUCUGCUUGGUUAGCAGCGAUCACUUGAAGACUGGGCUUACAUCUUCGAAAGGAGCAAACUGCCAGCGCCAUGGCAUCCACGGACAUUCUGUGUGGUUCAUAUGUUUCUGUUAUUUAUGUGCAUCUGUGAGAGCCUUGAGUGUGUUUGUCGUGGUGAACCCACUGGAUACUGGAUUGUAUAAUUUCAUAUCUAUAAAAUAAAAUGUAAGUGACUCGUGAA